AUGAAUUAUUCAGUCGAACUAAUUUUGUUACUCAUUUCUCUAGCAUUCCUCUUCUACGUUGUAGUUGUCCGUCGAUUCAAGUCCAAACAGGUAGCUGGGGAAGCUCCUGAACUCGGUGGUGCAUGGCCAAUCAUCGGACACCUCCACCUACUUGGUGGCGGUGACCAGCUUCUCUACCGUACACUAGGAGCCAUGGCAGACAAAUAUGGUCCAGCGUUUAAUAUCCGGCUCGGAACCCGUCGUGCUUUUGUGGUCAGCAGCUGGGAAGUAGCUAAAGAAUGUUUCACCAUUAACGACAAAGCACUAAUUUCCCGGCCCAAAACCGCCGCAGUGAAGCACAUGGGCUAUAACUAUGCGGUGUUUGGCUUCGCCCCAUACACUCCCUUUUGGCGCGAAAUGCGAAAGAUCGCCACCCUUGAGCUCUUGUCCAACCGCCGCCUCGAAAUGCUCAAAGAUGUCCGUUCGUCGGAGAUCAACUCUGGAAUCAAAGAGCUAUACGGGAGAUGGGCUGAAAAUGGUCGUCUGCCUGUGGCUGUCGAACUAAAUAAAUGGUUGGAAUACAUGAUGUUAAACAUAGUUGUGAUGAUGGUAGCCGGAAAGAGGUACUUCGGCGUUGGAGGUGGUGGCCAUGAGGCCGACAGGUGUCAGAAAGCCAUCAGCAAUUUCUUCCGGUUGAUUGGCAUUUUCGUAGUAUCUGACGCGAUUCCCUUUUUUUGGUGGUUGGAUUUACAUGGAUACGAGAAAGAGAUGAAAAAAACUGCAAAGGAUCUAGAUUUGGUUCUUGGAGGGUGGCUCGAUGAACAUCGGCAAAAAAGGAAAUCAGAUGUAGAGAGAAAUAAAGACGACGUAAAAGAUUUUAUCGACGUGAUGUUGUCACUUGAAGACGAAGGUCAACUCUCAGGUUUCGAGCAUGAUUCAGAUACAAGCAUUAAAUCUACAUGCUUGGCAUUGAUUCUAGGAGGUAGCGACACCACAGCUGGGACGCUAACGUGGGCUAUCUCAUUGUUGCUAAAUCAUCCUGAUGCUCUAAAGAAACUACAACAUGAGCUAGACGAUGAAGUAGGUAAAGACAGACAAGUCGAGGAAUCAGACAUAAAAAACCUCGUAUUUCUCCAAGCUGUAAUCAAAGAAACUCUGCGUCUUUAUCCGGCGGGUCCGCUGCUAGGACCAAGGGAGGCGAUGGAAGAUUGUAUGGUUUCUGGGUAUAAUGUGAAAGCUGGGACUCGGUUGAUAGUAAACGUAUGGAAGAUUCAAAGGGAUAAUACGAUUUGGACUGAUCCAUCUGAAUUUAAUCCCGAGAGGUUUAUGGGUGUUGAGUAUGAACAUGUUGACCUCAGAGGACAACAAUUUGUGCUCAUGCCAUUCGGGUCGGGUCGACGUUCUUGCCCCGGGGCUACGUUUGGGCUUCAAGUGCUUCAUUUGACUUUGGCUCGUCUUCUUCAUUCGUUUCAUUUGGAUCUUCCCGGAGGUCUUCCGGUGAAUAUGACUGAGAGCCCUGGAAUGACUAUUCCUAAAAAGAUGCCGUUGGAGGUGCUUUUGACCCCACGCCUUCCAUCGGAGCUCUAUGCUUAG